UUAUCAUUUUAGGCUGACAUCAGCUGGUCAGUGAAUGACGUACCACAGGGGAAUAUCAAGCAACCCCUAGGGUAUAUUCCAAUCAUGGUGAAAUCCAAAUUGUGCAGCCUUUAUAAUCUUUCCCCACAAGAGCUUAUGGAGCACCACGAAGAGGAGGAGGAAAUGGGAGGCUACUUUAUAAUUAAUGGCUUAGAAAAAGUUGUUAGGUUGCUGAUUAUGCCCAGGCGAAAUUUCCCUCUUGCAGUGGCAAGACACAAGUGGAAAAACAGAGGCCCUGGUUUCACAGAGUACGGAGUAAUGAUGCACUGUGUUAAGGAUGAGCACACAGCAAUAAAUAUGAACCUUCACUACUUGGAAAAUGGUUGUGUCAUGGUGAAUUUUAUUUUUCAUAAGGAGUUGUUCUUCCUUCCCUUGGGAUUUGCUCUGAAGGCAUUAGUUAAUUUCCCAGACUACCAAAUUUUUGAGGAGUUGGUCAGAGGAAGGGAACAUGACACCUUUUAUGUGAACUGUGUUACGGAGAUGAUGAGAGCAGUAGUGCAAGCAGGUUGUCUGACACAGCACAACGUCCUUGAAUACCUGGGAAGGAGCUUCAGAAUAAAACUCAACCUUCCUGAGUGGUACAGCAAUGAACAGGCUGCAGAUUUCAUUCUGAACAAAUGUAUCUGUAUACACCUGACAAAUAGAACUGAGAAGUUCUACCUGCUGUGUAUGAUGACCCAGAAGCUAUAUGCGUUUGCCAAGGGGGAGUGCAUGGAAGAUAAUCCAGACAGUCUCAUGAAUCAGGAGGUGCUUACCCCAGGACAGCUUUUCCUCAUGUUCUUAAAGGAGAGGCUUGAAAGUUGGUUACAAUCUGUUAAGUUCGUUUUGGAGAAAAGAGCAGAAAAGGCAGAUAUCAGCAUAAAUGCAGACAGCUUGAUGAAGGCAUUCAGCCUGGCACCAGACCUCACCAAGCCAUUUGAGUAUCUUCUUGCAACUGGUAACCUGCGAUCUAAAACUGGCCUGGGCAUGUUGCAGGACAGUGGUCUGUGUGUGGUGGGGGACAAGCUGAAUUUCAUCCGGUACCUUUCCCACUUCCGCUGCAUACACAGAGGGGCAGUGUUUUCCCAGAUGAGAACUACAACUGUCCGCAAGCUGCUGCCGGAGUCCUGGGGGUUCCUGUGCCCUGUGGACACCCCGGAUGGAGAACCGUGUGGCCUGAUGAACCACAUGACAGCUGUGUGUGAAAUAGUGACGGAGAUGGUGCCUUCAACAGACAUUCCGCUGCUGUUAUGUUCCCUAGGUGUCACCCCCAUCGAUGUGACUCCCAGCAAGCCUUAUGCAGAGUGCUACAGAGUUGUGCUGGAUGGGUCUGUGGUGGGCUGGGUAGAGGGGGAGUUGGCUCUGAAGAUUGCAGAAACUCUGCGCCGUUUCAAGAUAACACAAGAGCAGAGAUUUCCUGCACGCGCAGAAGUGGUCCUUAUCCCAAUGACAGGAAAACCCAGUCUGUAUCCUGGGUUGUUCAUCUUUACUACCUCUUGCCGAAUGGUGCGACCUGUCAGAAACCUGUUGUACAGAAGGAAUGAAUGGAUUGGCACUCUGGAACAGAUCUUCAUGAACGUGGCCUCACUGGAGUCUGAGGUGGUGCCUGGAGUGACCACUCACCAGGAGCUCUUCCCUCACAGCAUUCUGAGUGUGGUGGCCAACCUCAUUCCCUUCUCUGACCACAACCAAAGUCCACGAAACAUGUACCAGUGCCAGAUGGGAAAGCAAACCAUGGGAUUCCCAGUUUAUAACUACAAAGAUCGCUCAGAUAACAAGCUGUACCAUCUUCACACCCCGCAGAGCCCUCUGGUGCGGCCCAGCAUGUAUGAUUAUUAUGGUAUGGACAGCUAUCCGGUCGGCACCAAUGCAAUCGUGGCUGUCAUAUCCUACAGUGGCUAUGACAUGGAAGAUGCAAUGAUUGUGAACAAAUCUUCCUGGCAGAGAGGGUUUGCUUAUGGAAGUGUUAUCAAGGUGGAGAGCAUUGACCUUUCCCUGAAAGCCGGUGCAGCAGGCGAUAAUUUAGUAUUUGGCGUCAGGCCUGGCGACCCAAACAUUAUAGGAAAACUGGAUGGUGAUGGACUGCCUUUUGUCGGCUCCAUCAUACAGCCUGGGGACCCCUUCUACAGCUAUGUGAACCUCAACACACGGGAGGCCUUCACUGUGUACUAUAAGAAUAAGGAAGUCGGCAUCGUGGACAACAUUAGGCUGUGCAGCAAUGACCGUGGCACUGGGAAACUCAAGAAGGCUUGCAUCACUGUGAGGGUUCCCCGAAAUCCAACUGUUGGAGACAAAUUUGCUAGCCGUCAUGGACAGAAAGGUAUCCUGAGCCAGCUCUGGCCAGUCGAGGAUAUGCCGUUCACAGAGAACGGGAUGGUUCCAGACAUCCUCUUCAACCCUCACGGCUUUCCUUCCCGUAUGACCAUUGGGAUGCUAAUUGAGAGCAUGGCGGGGAAGUCAGCAGCACUGCAUGGUGUCUCCUAUGAUGCCACUCCCUUCACCUUCACAGAGAAGAAGUCUGCUCUGAAGUACUUCGGUGAGACUUUAGUGAGUGCAGGUUACAACUUCUUUGGGACAGAAAAGAUGUACAGCGGCAUCAGCGGCCUGGAGCUGGAGGCAGAGAUCUUUGUGGGAGUGGUGUACUACCAGCGCCUGCGCCACAUGGUCUCUGACAAGUUCCAGGUGAGAACAACGGGGCCCCGAGAUGCUGUCACCAACCAGCCCAUCAAAGGGAGGAACGUGGAAGGUGGGAUUCGCUUUGGCGAGAUGGAGCGGGAUGCCUUGCUGGCUCACGGCACAUCUUUCCUGCUGCAAGAUCGCCUGUUCAACUGCUCUGAUGGCUCCAUAGCCUACGUGUGCAUGAACUGUGGCAGCAUGACAUCUCCUGUGCUGCAGAAGCUGCCACAGUCCUCUCUGGCGAGCAGCAGGAGAUACUCCUGCUCUGUCUGCAGUGAGGUGGAUGCAGUUGAGGUUGUCCCUGUGCCCCAUGUCUUCCGCUAUUUUGUGGCAGAGCUGGCAGCCAUGAACAUAAAAACAAAGCUCAAUGUGCAGUAG